GGUGUCAAGUUAACGAAAAUGAACAAGAAUUAAACCAGAAGUUCAGGGAACUACCGCCAUGUACAUGGACAUUAUUACGACAAUAUAAUGCUAGUUAGUCAAAAAUAACAGUUUAUAUCUGCAUUAAAUUUUAUUUUAUUUUAUUUUAUUAGGGCCUGAAAUGCAAACCAGUAUGUAUUUUUGAAGAUCAAUGUUUAUUUUAUAAUUUAGUGCUUUUAUUUUGAAAGUGAGCAACAGCGCUAUGGCUCGUGCUAUGGGUGACUUGACGUUUGCCAAUGAGAGCAGUCAACGCACGGGGGCUGCCUGCGUGAAGGAAAACGGGGGAAGCUCGGACAAGAACCGGCUGGGCUGUUGUCGGAAACUCAGCAUGCUACAGUAUAAAUGCUGAGCCUGGAGCCGAAAUACCUGCAUUUACUUCCCGAACGGCGACAGUUGACGGCCACACCCCAUUUUUUUAACCGCCCCAGAGCUCGCGGAAAACUGCUGGCGGCUGCGGUUUGAAAGCCAGCAGGGGCGGCUAACGGGUGCAACAGCGGAGAGGAAGCAGGAGUGUCGGCUGCUUUGAGAGAGCCAUGAGAGAGUACAAAGUAGUGGUUCUCGGUUCCGGCGGGGUCGGGAAAUCCGCGCUCACCGUCCAGUUCGUCACUGGCUCCUUCAUAGAGAAAUACGACCCCACGAUAGAGGAUUUCUACCGAAAGGAGAUCGAAGUGGACUCGUCUCCGUCCGUGCUGGAGAUACUGGACACGGCAGGGACCGAGCAGUUCGCCUCCAUGCGAGACCUCUACAUCAAAAACGGACAGGGCUUCAUCCUGGUCUACAGUCUGGUGAAUCAGCAGAGCUUCCAGGACAUCAAACCCAUGAGGGACCAGAUUAUUCGGGUCAAAAGGUAUGAGCGGGUACCGAUGAUCCUGGUCGGAAACAAAGUGGACCUGGAGGGCGAGAGGGAGGUCUCGUCCGGUGAGGGGAAAGCUCUGGCGGACGAGUGGAACUGCCCGUUCAUGGAAACCUCAGCCAAAAAUAAAACGUCGGUGGACGAACUAUUUGCAGAGAUAGUCCGACAGAUGAACUAUGCCAACACACCAAAUGGCGACGACAAGUGCUGCUCGGCUUGUGUGAUUCUUUAAGAAAAAAAAGGACAAUCAUAAAGUUUUAUUCUCCACUCGGUUUUAGGUUUGCAAUGUGUGUUGCAGCGAGUCUGUACUGUCGAGCUCUUCUUCGUGUCUCACCCCUGCCUUGGAGGGAAAUGAAGGGAGGAACGCUGCAGGGGACAGGAGCAGGAGGAGGAGGAGGAGGGGAGCGACUGAGGCGGAGGGAAGGGUCCCACUCUUCAGGAAUUCUGCUGGGUCGGAGUAUCUGCACAAUCAAAGCGUCCGCCGUCGAUGUCAACGCAGAGUCGGAUCAAGAGUUUCAGAAAUCCCAACCCUGCUUUCCCACCGGAAUGAACACUCCCAGCGGAAAACAAAACAAAAAAAAAAAAAACAACAAACAAAAAAAAAAGAUACAGAGGUUAACACUUAAGAGGAACUCGUAAAAUGGGUAUUUCUGUAUGUGAAGAAGACAGGGAGAUAGAAUAUAUAUUUUGUUAAAUGACUGCACAGUCGAUGAGGACAAAUAAGUUUGUUUGUUUUUUUUUUUAAGGGAGAAAUGCUCCAUGACACUCCAAAUCCUAUGUUUUCUCUUCUUUUCCAAAGUCAAAAGAAAACCACAUAUCUGCCGGUGGAGUAUAUACGACGAGUGCCACUCUUUUCUUUUCCUUUCACCUUUCCCUUCACACUAGCCGAAGCGCCAUGGAGACGCUGACCUGAUCGCCCCUUGUGUCGAGUGCCUUUCCGAAACAAAUCAGCUGUUCAGAUUUUGUGCCAACCUACACACGCAUCACCAAAAGAACCCUGUCGACGUGGCCAUUCACAAGCUGGUGAACUCUUCUUCGGGAUGAUUAUGUGAACCUGAUUAACGACAGCAGGUUUUUAUUUUUGUUGUUAGUAGAAAAACGGUGGAAUUCUGUUUGUAUUAUGUUGACCGCUGCCUUUUUUUUUUUUUUUUCAUGUGACGAUUUGCAAUUUUUCAGCGUCUGCUUGGUCUGGCCAGAUUUCUUUUCUGUUGAAAUGCACAGGUACUGAAACCAACCUCGGUGUCGUAACAAUGCACAACACUUAAACCUUUCAGAGCAGUUUGUUCAAAGAAAUCCAGUUUGUUCAGUUUUUUUUUGUUGUUGUUGUUAUUGUUGUUUUUAAACAAGAAAUGUGAUGAUGUACCGUUGACGAAUCUAAACUGAUUGUAAGUUUAAUUUCAAAUCAGCCAUACAACAGUUGGCUGUUUUUAAAGACAAUUCUUUUAAUACAAUUUGCAUUUUUAAAAAAACAAACAAAAAAAGAA